AUGAGUGAACUUGAAGAAGAUUUCCCAUCAACCACGAGUGAAGACUUUGGCUUCAAACUCUUGGGUAGUCCAAUACAAGUUGUUGAUGACUACAACGAAGACUUGCCUUAUAAGCACAUAUCCAACUUUGCAUAUGCCUCACAUAAGGGGUUCUUUGUGGCUGCUGGUAAGGAUGACUUGGUUCUCGGCUCACUAGAAUCGUUGAAGAAAGAUAUCGUUGAAGGUAAAGACACAUACGAGUCAGAUGCACACAGGCUUGCGAUUCCUGGUAUAAACAGCGUUAAUUUUACAUCAGAUGAGAAAUUACUCCUUGUUAGUACAGGCAGCAAGCUUUUGUUUCAACAAGUGACAGGAGAUUACAAAGAUGUCUCCAAUUCAUUCCAAGAACUUGCUUUUAGCGCUGACAUUGAAGUUGUGUCCUCGAACCCUUGUUAUGGAUCUACAGUUCUGGUGCUUUUGUCAGACGGUCAAUUAAUUAAAAUCGAUUUGGCGUCCAGUACUCAAAGUAUGCUGGCUCAAGAUGUCCUUGAUUUCAGCUGGCAUCAUGAGCUUGACAAGAUUGCUGUUGCCAAAAAAGGCCGCAUUAUUAGUCUGCAAUCCUUGGGUGGAUCUUCACAGACGGACAUUGAACUGCCAGAGGAAAUUGACGAUGAAUAUUAUCCUCUCUCCGUUGCAUGGAUCGAUGAAACCUCUUUAUUCGCUGUGGUUGGAGAGCCUGCUGAGAAAAAUGACGAGGAAGAGCCAUCAACUGACUUUAAGCAUUUUGUCAUUGAGGUCCAAGGUACCCAAUUCAGUUUCAGAGAAACAUACGAUGCUGUUCCUGCAUAUGGCACAGUUUGGAGAAGACCUACUAUUUAUCUUUCACAAAUUCAUUCGCUCUCUGAAUCACUCCCUUGUCUAACGUUGUUGGGCUCUUCAAUGUCUACAGAUAUUUCUGCUGUUACCUCCAACGAACUACUAGCCCCUGCAGAUGACUCUGAAAGAGCAACAUUGCCAAUUAAUGAGGAAACCAGUAAUGAUGUCAAUCCUAUUGGAUUAACUAUAGAUCUCAGAUUAAAGGACACCAUAACGGAUCCCUGUCCUGGUGUACCAGAAGCCUCUUGGUUGCCUUCUGUUUGGGUAUUGGGGAACGAUGGUAAGGUUCAAUCGUGGUAUAUCUUCCAUGCACAUGACUUGAAAACCGGUUCUUUCAAACCAGAUUUAGCGAUUCAAUAUGAAGAUAGAGUAUGGAAUAAGGCUCAGGGUACUAUCGACUCCGGGAUCCAAAAGUCGGAUUCAGCCCAAAAUCCAGUCCAUGAAAAGUCCCCAAACAUAUCAUCAAAUACGGAAUUUAAAAGCUUGUUUGGUUCUUCCACCGCUUCGCCUGCCAGUAUGUUUGCAAAAG